AUGUGGACGUUUCGCACAGUAGCGGACAUUGUUGAGAUUAUAAUAACAUGUUUUAUCUGUGGGUCUAUUGAGCGCAAAGCGGCUAAACUAUGUCAAGCGCUGCACUCGAUCAACACUCGGGCCCUCACGGAUGUCGAGUAUCGCGAGUGGCGUACGUUUACGGCUGUUGUCCAACAAUCCGGCCGUACGUUUGGGUUUACGAUCGGCGGUUUCGCACCGUUUAAUAAACGCACACUAAUCAAGACUAAUCACGUCCUUGAAUGA